AAAAGAGGAAGGAGGAUAAUGCACAUAAAAACCAGCUACACAUUACUAAGUUGAACUGUGUGUUCACGGAACUUUCCUCCACACAUCAGGAAAACUCUGAACCAGGUUGCAAAACACCAAAUACGAUGGCAGAUGAGAGCUUUAAAAAGGAGUUUCUUGAUACCCACAAUGCCUAUAGGGCACAGCAUGGUGCACCACCACUGACCUUUAAUACUGAGCUGAAUGACGCAGCUCAAAAUUGGGCCAAUCAAAUGCUGGCAAAAAAGAAACCUGGCCACAGUGACACCGACGAUGGAGAGAACGUCUACUAUGCAUGGAGCUCUGAAACCAAGACGCUUACAGGAAAAGAAGCUGUGGAUUCAUGGUACAGUGAGAUCAAGGAUUAUGACUUCAAAAAGUCUGGACAUCAACCCAAGACUGGUCAUUUUACUCAGGUGGUGUGGAAAAGCAGCACUGAACUGGGUGUGGGCAUAGCCACUGAUGGCAAUACGGUCUUUGUGGUUGGGCAGUACCGCCCAGCUGGCAACAUUACCAAUGCAGGAUACUAUCAGAAAAAUGUCCUCCCAAAAGGAACAGCGUAAAACUUUCCCAGUGGCAGAGAGGGAGCUGCAGCAGACAACAGACCUCAGUGCCCAGAGAAAAUGACCUGCACCGUAUUGGACCCAUCACAUGUGGUUUCCUUAAAUGUUCCGAGAUUAAACAGCAAAAAAUACGCCUAUCACAUCAAACACUAUUUUACACAACUGUCUAGUCAAAUAGUGAAUAAUUUUUGAGUAAUGUUUCAAUGAUUUGAGUGCAGUACAAAUAAAAACAAAAGUCAUUGUGCUUGUUGUCCCCACA